AUGGACUGUUGCGUUUACGCGGACGUUUACUCCGGUCACAACUCAAUUCAGCAGAAAAAACAUCCUCUGAUCUUACCUCGAGAAUGUCGCUUAACAACUCUCCUGAUGGAUCAUUAUCAUCGAAAGACUCUACACGGCGGACCACAACUCACGCUAUCAUCGAUUCGUCAAAAAUUCUGGAUCAUCGGCGGUCGCGUUCCUAUUAGAGCUUUCAUCCACAAAUGCGUUAUCUGUGCUCGCCAUCGUGUUACUAUGGGUCAACAAGCUGUCGGACAGCUCCCAGUAUCACGUGUCGUUCCGUGCCGACCGUUCGUAAACUCUGGAGUCGAUUAUGCCGGCCCAUUGACUCUCAAAACUUUUCGAGGACGAAGUUGCAAAACAUACAAGGGAUAUUUCGUCAUUUUUAUCUGUUUCAGCACGUCUGCGAUAUACCUAGAAGUCGCCACUGAUUAUUCUACGGACGGUUUUCUGGCGGCAUUCAGGCGAUUCACCGGACGGCGAGGCAUCUGCUCUACUCUGACCAGCGACUGUGGCACGAAUUUGAUCGGUGCCGACGCAGAGCUCAAACGAAUGUUCACGUUUUCUUCUCGCGAGUGGGCUCACAUCGCUAAUGUUCUCGCAAAUGACGGAGUGAGGUGGAAAUUCAAUCCACCCUCUACCUCCCAUUUUGGAGGAAAAUGGGAAGCCGGGGUGAAAUCCGUCAAAUUUCACUUGCGGCGAGUUCUCGACGACGCUCUCCUCACCUACGAGGAACUGACAACGCUUCUCGUGCAAAUCGAGGCGAUAUUAAAUUCGCGCUCGCUAAUUACUCUCUCUGAUGAUCCGUCGGACCUUUCCGCUCUGGACAUUUCCUCGUUGGAUCAACUCUCGCUACCGUGCCGGAACCUUCGCUUGACGGAGUGCCGCAAAAUCGAUUGUCGCGCUGGCAACUCCUACAGCAACUGA